AUGUCGCUCAGUCUCUACAAACCUCUGGGCGAUAAUAACGAGGCGGUGCGACUGCAGGCUGCGCAGCAGCUCGCUGGCGAACUCUCGGAACUCCUGGCUGGCGAACACACAGAAAAGUCGAAGGCCGACGUCGACUAUGCGUUGAAGCGGUUGACGAGGGGAAUUGGCAGUGGAAGGGAUAGCGCACGGCCGGGAUUUGCCGUGGUGUUGACGGAGUUCCUGACGAACCUUGCCGCCGGCGGGAAUGCCGAGAAGUGGGGGAUCUCUCUGGACGAUGCGGUAACAGCGGUGGUGAAGAAUACGACGCCGCAGGGCCACUCGAGCGGACAGGAGGAGCGCGAUGCGUGGCUGGGCCGGCUGUUUGGGCUGCAGAGUCUCGUGCAGAGCAAUAUCCUCUUCUCGACGGAGGAUGCGGUGACCGAGAAGUAUCCGGCCGUCCUGGACCUGCUGUUUGAGGUCGCGAAUAAGAAGCCCUGGCUUAUGGAGUCCUCCGCUUGGACUAUUGCCGCCAGUGUUCCGAGGUGGCCGCAGGAGACGAGCGCGAAGGCUGCCGAGAUCACCUACGCGAAGUUGAUAUCGAGCGGAAUGGCGAAGACUGGCGAGGGCGUCGGGAUUUGGUUGGCGCUGAGAGCGCACUUGCCCGAGGUCACCCCGCCAAAGGAUGUGUGGAGCAAGGGAUCGCCACUGGUCACCGGGAAUCUAGCGACGCUUGCCAGAGUGCUGAAGGAGAGUGGGGCGAAGGAGGAAGGAAUCAAGACCAAGGGCAGCUGGAAUCCGAAACUUGGGUUCGUCUGGGAGUCGAUACUCAAUGUCUAUUUUUCGGAGGAGGCGCAAUGGAAGGCGGUCAGGGAAGGGAAACCGGCUGCGGCGGAGUGGGCCGAGUUUUGGAGGGCGGUUGUUGAUGAAAGCCUGUUUUCGAGCUCAUCAAGCGAAGAGCGCAAAUUCUGGGGCUUCCUCUUCUUCCUCAAGGCCCUGGACCGCAUCACUACACCCCCGGACCUCACCGCCAUGUUCUCCAAGAACUUCAUGCGCUGCAUGACCAACCAGCUUGCUGAUGUAGAACGGUACCUCAACAAGGCCGCGGCGAAGGUCUCGCGUGCCCUGAUUGCAAAGUCAGAAUCUGCAGCGUGGACAGCGCCAGUUAUCUUCAAGCAGCUGGUGGCAAACAAUGGAUCGCCGAACUUUGAUCAGCUCACCCGGACCAAGACCGUGGAUAAGGUGUUGUGUUCCGCCGAUGAAGCCGGGUUGGUCGAGGUCGUCAAGGUGCUCGGAGAUGUCAUUUCGAAUCCCCUCGGAUCGUUGUCGGACGUGGAGGACGGAACGAAGGUUGCGGAGGUCCGGAGGCAAUGGGCAGCGGAUCAAAUCCUUUCAGCUAUAAGAAGCGGGAAGACUGUCAAAUCCGAGAGCUGGCUCAAGAAGGUCAUCGAGCUGUUUGCUACCUAUGGCUACUUUGAUGUGGUGGACAAGAAAAAGAAGCCGGUUGUCCCCGUGACGACAAUCAGCCAAGGAAUGUUCAGAGCACGACUGAUGAGUUCGCUCACGCACUUGAUCACGUUGACAGCAGGUGUCGACAACAGCGAAAGCUGGCCGUACUUGGCGGUGAAGACCCUCGCCGAGCUGGAGGAGAAGAAGAACAGCUACAAAUUUGUGGUCGAAUUCGACGAAAAGAUCGCCGAGGCUCUGGAAAAAGCUACCACAACGGUCGAGAAGCUGCGGAAAAAGCGGGCAUCGGAUCCUGCCGAUAUCCAGCUCCUCUCGUUCGAGCUCCUCUACUCGCUCAUCAUCCUGCAAGUGUACAACGGAGAAUCGGAUGCGCUCAGUGUACUCGAGGAUCUGCAGUCCAUUCAGAAGAAGAUUUUGAAGCUGGAAGCGAAGGCGAAGAAAUCGAAGAAGGGAAAGACUGCUGUGAUUGAGGACGAGGAGAUGAACAUGGACAUGGAUCCGUCUGCGGUGCUAGUGGACAUCCUGCUCUCUUUCUUGUCCAAGCCCUCUAUGCUCCUCAAGCGUCUUGCACAGACCGUUUUUACCUCCUUUUGUGGAUCCAUCACCAGGGAGGGACUAGAGCGUUGCUUUGAGGUGCUGGAGACUAAAGAGGGCCUUGACGGCCAAGCUACGCUGUUCGAUAACGAAAACGACGACGAGGAGGAGGAGGAUGACGAUGAUAUGGAAGAUCUCGACUCAGAUGUAGAAAUGCUAUCGAAUCCCGAAGGCGACGACGACGGCGAAGACUCCGACGUUGAGUUCCUCUCCGCGAGCGAGUCCGAGUCGGAGUCCGAGUCCGUCGCCGACCGCAACGAAGAAGAAGCCCGCAAACUCGAAGCCGCCCUCCAAACCGUCCUUUCCGCACCCGCCGGCGAAGAUUCCGAUUCCGACGCGGACCUUGACGACGAAGCGAUGCUCGCGCUCGACGCGCAGAUCUCUAACAUCUUCGCGAAGCGAAAGGAAGCCUCAAGCAAGAAGUCGCAGAAGAAGGAAGCAAAAGAAUUGAUCGUCCACUUCAAGGCGAAGAUCCUAGAGCUUCUCGAGAUCUUUGCAAAGACGGCGCCCCGGAGCCCACUGGCGCUCGAGAUGUUGCUGCCAUGCUUGGUCCUGUCAAGGUCUACGAGAGAUCAGAAGCUCCAGGAGAAGGCGUUCGGCGUGGUCCGUACUUUCGCGCAUAACUCUAAGCGCGAAGGACUCCCGGUGUUGAGCGGUGAGGAUGUCGACCGCGCCUGGGAACUGUUGGAGGCUGUGCACGUCGAGGCUGGCAAGGGCGGCGCGAAAGGAAGACGGGCGACAUGCUCCUCGGCUAGCAUAUUGGUCGUUAGGACACUCGCCGCUGCUGACGGUGAUACGGUGGACACGUUGACGAGAGUCACGGCGGUCUACGGGGCUACGAUGGCGCGCUGGGUGGCGGAUCCGAAGUUAGGCAUUGACAAUGGGUUCUUUUCGGAUUUGGUGGGAUGGGCGGGAAGUGUUAGGGGGAAGUUUGGGAAAGAGGAAGUCCUGGCGCCCACGGUCGAGGUGGCUGUUGGGAAAGGGAAGGAGAAGCGGAAACGUGGUGAGAAUGAGGAUGAGGUGGUGGAGGUGAAAACUAAUGGCGGCGGGAAGAAUAAGAAGAGGAAGAAGGGUGGAAAGAAGGGGCGGAAUUAG